AUGGAUUUGCAACUAGGUAGAAGACCAAUUCCGCACAGAUGUGCUCAAUCCGGUGAUGUAUUUCAUGCAGGUCUGGUCGUCACUCUUCUGCUCGGAGUUUGGUAUGCUCAGGCAUUGGAGGUGAAUACAGGGAAGGUUAAUUUUGUUGAAGUGAUGAAUGGAAGUUCAGUGCUUCUACCCUGCAUUUACUCAAGCUGCAUUGGCAUUAAAAACCUUUACUUUAACUGGCAGUUCAAGGACAAUGGAACACUGAUUAAGCUAUGUGAGGCAGUUAUCCCAGCAGAAGGAAUAGAACCUCGUGUGAAUAUCUAUCAUGACCGAGUGGAGUUUGUCGGCUCCAGUAAGGAAAACAACAUCUCCAUCCUGCUACAUAACAUCACCUUCGAGGACCAGGGACAGUACAUCUGCUUCGCCAUCAACCCCAAGGAGAAGGGCCGUAACCAUAGCGCAAUUUUCACACUUUUUGUUGUGGAUGAAUUGAAAAAGGUGGACAAUACAUUGACUGUCAUCAUUGUGUCCGUGCUCGGGGGGGUCAUAGGCCUGAUCAUUCUCAUCAUGGUGGUGAAAGCUGUUGUACUCGCCGUUCUAAAAAAGGUCCAGGAGAAGAACAAAGAGUGCCUUGUGAGCUCUUCAGGGAAUGACAACACAGAAAAUGGCCUCCCGGCUUCCAAAGCAGACAGCAAACCAACACCAAAGGCAUGAAAAAAGUGUGCAUGUG